AUGGGAUCGAUCCCACGCCCCAGGUUCGCCAAGCCUUCCAUCCCCCGAGGUCGUAACUUUUACAAAAACAUUUUCAAGGGUGGUGAGGUAAAAUUGGUCUUAUUAUUUCUAUUGCAGGAGGUGUUUUCCAAAUUUAACGCAACUCAGACCGCUAGCUUGGAAAUUCUCAGUCGGACCCGAUAUCUAUGCGCCAAAUACCUCGGUGGAGCGUGGACUCGAGUCGGACUCCGUCAGUUUCAUAUCAGGCCGGUCACUGGAGGAAUGUCAAAUCUACUGUUCUUCGUCGAAUUAGCACCAAACGUAGAAAGCCUAGGAACAGAAGCACGACAAGCUCUGUUACGUAUACAGUGUCAAACCGAUCUCAGUCAUCUGGUCAGCGAGUCAGUUGUAUUCACACUCUUAUCAGAACGAUCUCUCGGUCCAAGACUGUUGGGAGUUUUUCCUGGUGGUCGAUUUGAGCAAUUCAUCCCUAGUCGACCACUACAAUGUCGAGAAAUCAGUCUACCCGCGCUAAUUGCCCCAAUGCUAGCGAGGGUGCAUACACUUGACGUGCCAAUACCAAAAGACCCGCAAGUGAUGACAUCUGCUCGCGGAUGGCUGGCGAAAUUCCGCCAGAGUACGAGAGGCGCGCUGCCAAUCGAUAUACGCUGCACGGCCGCUCGCGUGCCCAGCAAUUCGUACCCCUCAUCGGUGACUUGUGAUGAAUUAGAAAAGGAAUUGGACUUCGUCGAGGCAUUUCUGGUGAAAAGUAAAAGCCCUGUCGUUUUUUCACACAACGAUUUGCAGGAAGGGAACGUGCUUUUAUUCGAUGGCUAUGAUGUCGCAAAUGAUGGCUCUAUCAGUGCUCGAUCUGAUGAUGUCAUUUCAACAGAUCCAUUGGUGCUAAUAGAUUUUGAAUACUGUAGCUACAAUUAUAGAGGGUUCGACCUUGGAAAUCAUUUCUCUGAAUAUGGCUAUGAUUAUAACUGUGAUGAGGCACCAUACUACAAGAUAUAUGGCGAAAUGUUUGAAGUCACCCAUGAGAGGCAGAAUUUUUGCGCCGCCUAUCUGGAUGAAGUUUACAAGAUGCGGGAUUCUGGUGGAAAUCCCAAUUUUCCGUCAGACUUGGUUACUGGAGACCGUGAUGCCGAUCUGAGUCGUCUUAUAACCGAAUCUACUCUCUUCAUGGCAGUGGCUAACAUCUUCUGGUCAUGUUGGGCAUUAGUCAACGCUGAGGAUUCGGUAAUCAAUUUCGACUAUGCUUCAUACGCUCGAGAUCGUCUAGCCUUGUACUACCAUCAGAAAAAAGCACUACAAAAUUAUGUGGACCUUAACUGA